CGGACGGAGGAGGUGGGGGCGAGGUGUAGGUGCGGACUAUUUUCGCGCGGCGGGCUUUGUGUGGGUGAGGCGGCGAGGGGCUUCGGUGGAGCUGCGGCUCGGGUCCGCCGCCGUUCCUCGUCCGCCGUCCGCGCCCAAGGCUGGGCUCGGAGGGCAGCCCGGAGGGAAGGGCGGGCGGGCCGGCCGCCUCCGACACUCCUCCUCCUCACCCCCCGCGCUUGUGUGGCCUCUGCCGGGAGGCCCCGGCCUUGCGUGCGUGCUGGCGAGGCCGUGCUGAGGGGCCGGCGGCGGCGGACGACGCUGGGACGGGCCCAGCCCCGGGCCCCCUCCCCACCCCCUCCAAACCCCAACCCCACCCCCCUCCCUACCCCGGCCCACUCUUUGUGUCGGGAUCGUUCGCUCGCUGGCUUCUGUCGGGCCGCAGUCAUGUGGAUCUUCUCCGAGUUCAUCCCGCCGCCCGAGUGCCCGGUCUUCGAGCCGAGUUGGGAAGAAUUCAGCGAGCCGCUAGCCUACAUCAACAAGAUCAGGCCCAUCGCCCAGAGGAGCGGCAUCUGCAAAAUUCGCCCGCCUAAGGAUUGGCAACCGCCUUUUGCUUGUGAGGUGAAAAACUUUCACUUCACACCAAGAAUUCAACGACUCAAUGAGCUGGAGGCACAGACCCGAGUGAAGUUGAACUUUCUAGAUCACAUUUCAAAAUUCUGGGAUCUGCAGGGAUCCACGCUGAAAAUCCCACAUGUUGAGAGGAAAAUGUUGGAUUUGUACACACUCAGUAAGGUGGUCGCAAGUGAGGGUGGAUUUGAACUGGUGUGUAAAGAAAAAAAAUGGGCUAAAGUGGCCAGUCGAAUGAGUUACCCCCAAGGAAAGGGCAUCGGCUCACUUUUACGAUCCCACUAUGAGAGGAUUCUAUAUCCAUACGAGCUGUUUCAGUCAGGUGCCAGUCUGUUGACUCCUGGAAAUACGUCUGUGCGGAUCUUCCCUGACUCUGUGAAAACCUUGAAUCAGGGUGACUCUUCUGAAGAUGAUUUUACCAGAAACCCAGAGCUGAGGAAGCUUCAGAUCUUCGGUGCUGGUCCCAAAAUGUUGGGCCUCGGACUCAGGACCAAGGACAGAGAGGAUGAGGAGUUUUCAGUGACCGUGAAGUCAAUGGGACAUAAGAAGAGUGCAGAAUCGCAAUUGCCUCGCAUGCAGAUGAGACAGCGGAAAGGAGCAUUGGCUGUAAACUUUAUUGACUUGUAUGUUUGCCUUGUUUGUGCACGUGGGGACGACGAAGACCGCUUGCUUUUAUGCGAUGGAUGUGAUGAUAGUUACCACACUUUUUGUCUCAUUCCUCCCCUUGUCGAUGUGCCAAAGGGAGAUUGGAGAUGUCCUAAGUGUGUGGCUGAGGCAUGCAGUAAGCCCCCGGAGGCAUUUGGCUUUGAGCAGGCGGUCAGGGAGUACACUCUCCAGAGCUUUGGUGAGAUGGCAGAUAACUUCAAGUCAGAUUACUUCAACAUGCCAGUACACAUGGUCCCAACAGAGCUGGUGGAGAAGGAAUUCUGGCGACUUGUCAGUAGUAUUGAGGAGGAUGUUAUUGUGGAGUAUGGUGCCGACAUUACAUCAAAGGAAUUUGGCAGUGGAUUUCCAGUCAAGGAGACCAAAAGGAGGCUGCUGCCUGAAGAGGAGGAAUAUGCUAAUUCUGGCUGGAACUUGAACAACAUGCCAGUCUUGGAGCAGUCCGUAUUGACUCACAUCAACGCUGACAUCUCUGGAAUGAAGGUUCCUUGGCUUUACGUGGGGAUGUGCUUCUCUUCCUUCUGCUGGCAUAUCGAAGACCAUUGGAGCUACUCUAUCAACUUCCUGCACUGGGGCGAACCGAAGACAUGGUAUGGGGUGCCAGGAUAUGCUGCUGAACAACUUGAGCUUGUAAUGAGGAAGCUGGCGCCAGAGCUCUUCCAUUCUCAGCCAGAUCUGCUGCAUCAGCUGGUGACCAUCAUGAAUCCUAAUAUUCUGAUGGAGCACGGGGUCCCGGUGUUCCGAACAAAUCAAUGUGCUGGUGAGUUUGUGGUUACUUUCCCGAGAGCUUAUCAUAGUGGAUUCAACCAGGGAUACAACUUCGCGGAGGCAGUGAAUUUCUGUACUGCGGACUGGCUCCCCAUGGGUCGGCAGUGUGUCAGCCAUUAUCGGCGCCUACACCGUUACUGUGUGUUUUCACAUGAAGAGCUGAUCUGCAAGAUGGCAGCUGAUCCAGAGGGUUUGGAUGUUGAGCUGGCUGCUGCUGUCUACAAAGAGAUGCUGACCAUGAUUGAGGAGGAGAGGCAACUGAGGAAGACGGUCUUCCAAAUGGGUAUAGUUGAUUCCGAACAGGAGGCAUUUGAGUUGUUACCAGAUGAUGAACGGCAGUGCGAGACGUGUAAGACAACAUGUUUCCUGUCUGCUGUUACAUGCGUCUGUGACCCCAGUAGGCUCGUGUGCCUGUAUCAUGUUAAAGAUCUUUGCAGCUGCCCAGUGAAAAAACGCUGUCUCAGGUACCGUUACACACUGGAUGAGCUGCCAUCUAUGCUUUAUGGUGUGAAAGAGCGAGCCCAGUCAUAUGACACCUGGGUGAGUAAAGUGGGAGAAGCCUUGGAAGCGGAACUUAAUCACAAGAAAGAUCUUUGUGAACUGAAAGCUCGGCUGGAAGAGGCAGAAGAGAAGAAAUUCCCUGAGAAUGAUCUGCUGCGACAGCUGCGAGCUGCUGUGAAAGAGGCAGAAACCUGUGCUUCUAUCGCCCAACUGCUCGUCAGCAGAAAGCAGCGCAGCAGACCUAAACUGGAAGGUGGAAAAACUCGGACAAAGCUAACUGUCCAUGAGUUGAAAGCAUUUGUGCACCAGUUGUACAGCCUGCCUUGUCUCAUCAGCCAAACUCGACUGGUUAAGGAGCUGCUGGACAGUGUCGAAGAAUUCAAUGAACGUGGCAAGGAGGCUUUGUCUGAUAAAAUUCCCGAUUCCUCUAAGUUGCAACUGUUACUAGAAUUGGGCUCCGAGUUGGACGUGGAGUUGCAAGAACUGCCCAAACUGAAACAACAUCUCCAGCAGGCGCGCUGGCUUGAUGAAGUUAACCUCACCCUCUCAGACCCUGACAGAGUCACGCUGGACACGAUGAAGAAACUUAUAGACUCUGGUAUUGCCCUGGCACCACAUCCUGCAGUGGAAAAAGCAAUGGCUGAUUUACAGGAGCUCUUGACUGUAUCUGAACGGUGGGAAGAGAAGGCUAAGGUCUGUCUACAAGCCAGGCCAAGGCAUGGUAUGGCAACACUGGAUGGUAUUAUAAAUGAGGCGAAGAAUAUUCCUGCAUAUUUGCCUAAUGUCCUGGUGCUUAAGGAAGCUCUGCAGAAAGCCAAAGACUGGAUGGCGAAAGUGGAAGUUAUUCAGAAGGGAUCUUGCAAUGCAUAUCUGGAUCAGCUGGAAAGUCUGUUAGCAAGAGGCCGCCCCAUCCCAGUACGGCUUGAUCCACUUCCUCAAGUGGAGUCCCAGGUAACUGCUGCUCGAGCUUGGAGAGAACGAACUGCCAGAACCUUCCUGAAGAAGAACUCCACCUAUACAUUGUUACAGGUGCUGAGUCCCAGGACAAAUAUUGGUAUAUACAGCAGUGGGAAGAAUAAACGGAAAAAAAUGAAAGAAUUAGUGAAAGACAGAGAGCUAGAUUUGGAGAGCAUAAGUGACUUAGAGGAGGUGACCGAAGAAUCCAGUGAUCCAAAUGCAGUUAUUGCAAGUUUCCGAGUAAUGGAACAGAAAGAAUGUGAAGCCAUGCAUUCUCUGAGGGCAGCAAAUUUGGCUAAAAUGGCAUUGGUGGACCGUAUUGAAGAGGUAAAGUUCUGUGUAUGCCGGAAGAUAGCCAGUGGAUUUAUGCUUCAGUGUGAACUUUGUAAAGACUGGUUUCACAGCACUUGUGUUCCGCUUCCAAAAACUGGCACACAGAAGAAAGGACUAGGUUGGCAAACCAAAGAAGUGAAGUUCUUGUGUCCAUUGUGCAUGCGUUCCCGACGACCGCGACUUGAGACCAUUCUCUCGCUCCUUGUUUCCCUUCAGAAGCUCUCAGUUCGUUUGCCAGAAGGAGAUGCCUUGCAAUGCCUGACAGAGAGAGCAAUGAGUUGGCAAGACAGAGCUAGACAAGCCCUAGCUACAGAGGAACUUUCUUCUGCACUUGCCAAGUUGUCUGUGCUAAGCCAGCGCAUGGUGGAGCAGGCAGCAAGGGAAAAGACAGAGAAGAUCAUCAGUGCUGAACUCCAGAAGGCAGCAGCCAAUCCAGAUUUACAGGAACAUUUACAGAGUGUUCAGCAAUCUGCCUUCAGCAGAGCCAUGGGGAAUCUGGCAUCCUCACCCAGGAAAUCUCUUGAUUUGGAUGAGGAGGAAACAGACUCUGAUGAUGAUGUCAGAGAAGCAUAUCGCUAUGAGAAAAAAGAUGGUGCAAGCAGUGUGUCCUCUGGUAGCAUGGAGCCAAACCUGUUCUGUGAUGAAGAAAUUCCAAUUAAAGCAGAGGAAGUGGUGUCACACGUGUGGCCAGCUGCACCUUCUUUCUGCGCGGAACAUGCUUAUUCUUCAGCAUCGAAGUCCUGUUCCCAAGGUUCUGGAACUCCUCGGAAGCAACCCCGUAAGACACCAUUAGUGCCACGCAGCUUGGAGCCACCUGUUCUGGAGCUGUCACACAGUGCAAAAGUUCAGCUCGAGGAGUUAAUGAUGGUGGGAGAUCUUCUGGAAGUGUCCCUGGAUGAGACGCAGCAUAUUUGGAGAAUACUCCAGGCUACGCACCUUCCUGCUGAGGACAGAUUUCUACAGAUACUGGAGGAUGAUGGCCCAGAGGAGAAAGCCAUCCGAAUUAAAGUCAAGGAUUCUUCUGAGAAAAAACGAAAGCGAAAGCUGGAAAAAACUGAACUGUUCUUGGGGGAGAGCAAGAAGUUGAAGGAACUGAGAAAGUUUGACAAGCCCAAAAAGAAAAAGCUAAAACUGAACCCUGAGAAAACAAAGGAACAGAGCAAACUAGUGAAGAAAUUGGGCAAAGAGGAAAAAGACAGAGAGAAGAAGAGAAAAGAGAAGUCCAAAGAGAAUACAGAGAAAGUGUUGGAAAAGAAAGAAAAAAAACUGAUUUUACCGGCUCGGGAAGACUGGUCUGCAGCAGAGGACUCGGAGGAUGAAAACGCUGUUUGUGCUGCGUUGAAUUGUCAGCGUCCCUGCGGCGAAGAGGUUGACUGGGUGCAGUGCGAUGGAGGCUGCGACGAAUGGUUCCAUCAGGUUUGUGUGGGUGUCUCUUCUGAGAUGGCAGAGAAUGAGGAUUACAUCUGUACCACAUGUGCCAGGCAAGUGCCUCCUGGCAUCAGAGCAGCUGGGCUGCCUGGAACAUAUACAGGCACAUCUUUCUUGGAAGAUUCAAAGGACAGCAGCUAGUCCCAUGCCUUUUACGGAAAGUACUGUCAAGCUCUCGGAUUGAAAUGGGAUUCCUGUCAGAACUGACAUGAACAGAAAUCCCUUGCAGCCUGCAUUUUUAAGGAGGGACACGGAACAUAUGGUUAAGAUUGGGAUUGUGAAACUGUGCGGUCAGAAACAUCUCGUGUACUUCAUAGUGUUUGGAAAGACCCCUGUUUGGAUUUGGGGGAUCUGUGGUAGUGGAGUGAGGGGUGGAGUAGUUGUGGGGAAAGGGAAGUUGGAGUAGUGACGGGGGGGGGGGGGUGGGUGGGGGGCAACAGUGGCUUCUAUAAUACAUCCCCAUCAGGCAUGCACAAGGCGGUCUCCAGCUCGAGCAAGAAGGCAAGAAUUUAAUUAGUUUUAAGUCCUCUUUUGUUAACAAUUUUUAAUUAUAUUGGGGUUUGAAGGUGGACUUCGUUGAAUUUUUCAUACUUUGAUGAGCUUUAAAGCAGGCCCUUUAUUUAAAAGUGUAGGACAUCUCGCAGUUUAGUGUUGGCAGCUCUUAACAACUGUAAAUGAUUUUUCUGUACCUCUUGGACUCUGUGUUGGAUAACCAAGUAGACCACACAGAGAUACAAUAUGUACAGAGCGCCCUUGUUGAACAAGGGACCAACAAUACCUCUAAACAGUUCACAGGUGAGAUCACAGUUAACGGCAUACAUGCACCAAUUAUGCCUUUUGACCCAGCUAAACUAAAGAGGACAAACAUUCUUCCUAAUUCCACAGUGAUUUUAAGUAUUUAUGCUUGUUUUGCUGUAAAAUACUAAGCUGUAAGACUUUAUGUCGAUGUUUCUCUGUUUUUAUUUAUCAAUUUUUUUUUCCUUAUAAACUUAUUUGGCAGGGUGGAGAAUGUCAGUUUUUCUGCCUAUGUAAUGUGUAGCAGGAUAUAACCUCUAUCCAAGUCUGAGGAUUAAUCACUCGUUGCAAGUUAAAACUAAUAUAGCAACUAUAACAACAGGUGGAUUUCCAUUUUUGUGAAAUUUUGUUGUUUUCUGAAAAUGGGAAGAACGGAAUGUACAUCACACUUAACGCUUUGACCAGAUGCCUCCAUACUGAUGCUAAGAGGUCUAACUUUUUGAAUGUAGAAUUUUUUUCCAUGUGGUUUUUGUCUCCAUUUAUUCCAAUUAAAGGGAGACGUGCUUUUGUACACCUAACACGUUCCAUUUUAAUGUUAGAGCCAGUACUUGUGACAAUACCUAUUGAUUCUGAGUGCUGGUUGACAUCUUAUUUCUUUCAUUCCCAUUAAACAUCAUAUCCAACGCCAUUUAUUUGCUUAUCAUGAGGCAUGAGAAGCAGAAUAACAACAUUUUCUUUCGAAGUAAAAAUCAAAAAUUAACUUGAGACUCUUAUGUGGUUAAGUGGCAAGUCUCUCAAAAACGUUAGAGUUCAGUUUGCUUUCUAUCCAAAUAGUAUUCUGAACUUUCAGGUGUUUAAAUUCGUCCAAACGCGGAAUGGAUAUUAAUCUUACACUUCUGCACUGCUUGAAGUCUGUUUCAGAUUAAUGAGUUGCAUGUAUUCUGCACAAUAAUACCUCUAAACAGACUGCACGUGUGAGAUCACAUUUAAUGCCAUAAAAUUGUGUCUGUUUGGAUUCAACUGAGCAUUCCUUCUUGAGUGGGUUGAUCUGGCGAAUUUAAUUGUUGGAUCUGCUAUGAAGUAUUUGUUUCAAAUGUUUGUUGCAAUGGCUUUAUUGAAACUCUAGAACAGAGAUGUCCAGAUCAUCCAGAUCUUCGGAGCGGUACCAUUGAGGCAGAUCAGAGUUAGUUUCUGUCCACUGAGGUUCACCCUUUGGCCUGAUACAUGGUGAAAUUUGGAAAGAAUUAACAGCCAAGUUGGUCUUCCAUGAACUUUUUACGAAGCAUGAUUCAAUUGACUGUUGGCUAUGUGAACACAAGGUACAGAAAUAAGAGUAGGCCAUAUGGCUCUUCUGUCUGCUCCACCUUUCAGUAAGAUCAUGGCGAUCUGAUCUCAGUCUCAGCACUUUCCAACCUGAUCCUCAUAACCCUGUAGUCCAAAUACCAUUCCCAGCCUUGAAAAUAUUUAAUGACCUGGCAUCCAUAACUAUCUCAGGUAUAGAAUUCCAAAAGAUUGUUAUCCUCUGAGGGGGUGGGGGGAAAUUCUUCCUAAUUCAGUCUUUAGCAGCUGACCCUUUGCUCCUGAGAUUUUACAACCAGGAGAAACACCCUCACUACAUUUAUCCUGUCACACCCCUCUCAGUCUGGUAUGUUUCAGGGAGAUCACUUCCCUAAAUUCCUUCAUUCUACUUGCUCCUUAAAAGAACCUCCUGAAAGAGGCUUUGUUGUUGAUUAUAUUCAAAACAGAACGGGACAUUUUUGGUUACUGUGAAAAUCAAGGGAGAUGGGAUUAGUACAGGCAGGUGGUAUUCAAGUAGGAGAUAAGCCAUCAUUUUAUUGAAUGACAGUGUGGCACGGAAGACAAGAGGUCAUCUUGUUUCUUGUGUUCUUGCCCAGGAUAAUACCCACACUCUGGAAUAUCAUUUGCAUCAGGUGUCUUCCCGUAUGGUGCUGUGUAUUUUUCAGUGGAAUGUACAAGAGAUAAAAUCCUAAAGACUAA